AUGGGAGCGAGCGGCCUUGAGACGUCUAUAUGGGCGUCUGCUCGAAGACGGCCGUACGAACGAUUUGAUUCACGAUCACGAUCCGUACCUCCAACCUCAUUACCUGCCUCAGCCCUGCCGACACAACCAGCCUCAAAUUCCGCAGCUGUCCUGCCUUCGUCCAACGGCACGUCAUCAUCACUAUCGCCCAUCCAGGCUUUCCACAGGUUUGAGCAGGCAUGCCAACGCCUGCGGUGGAAAUACAUCGAUCUGCAAACGUCCUAUCAGCGCGCCCUAUCACCUCAUGACUACGGCUUCUCUCCACACGAUGCCGAGGUCAACUUCAAAGUCGACUUCCACGAGUUCUACGUCCGCAUCGAACAGGCCAUCGUCUUCGCCCUGCUAGUCUUUGGCAUAACGGUCCCGCGAGGCACCGGCGGCCCGCGCAGCCAAGCGGCGCAUACAUACCACCACAACGUGCUCAAGGCGCUUGACGAAGAGGACAAUCCGCUGCACGCCGCGCUGGGCGAGGGCAACGUCAAUCACGCGCUGUGGAAGGCCAAGGAGCUGCGCAAUCGGUGGAAGGAUGCGGCCGAGGGGAGAGAGACGCCGCCGCUCAAGAUGUACGACUUGACGUGGAUCGUGGGCCAGAUCCUCGGGGGCUUGGAGGUGUCGUACGGCAUUGCGGCGGGGAGGAUCGAGCAGUUGCGGUUGGAGGGGGAUGAGCAGGCGGCGAAUGGGGGUGCGAUUGAUGAUGGCGAUGGGUGGGAGUGGAUGGUUGAGCCGAUGGAUUGGGAGGCGUAA